AUGGAAGGAUCAAGAAACAAGGAGAUAUAUGGAGAAUGCCAAAAGAAUCACUCAGCUAAGCUAGGGACGGACACAAGAGACGGUUGUGGAGAAUACAUGGCAGAUGAUACUACUCCCCGUGGGCUGUAUUGUGACGCUUGUGGAUGCCACCGAAAUUUCCACAAGAAGAUACUGGCGCUGGUGGGUAACGAGGACGGUGAUGAACUGCUUGAAUAUGAAGCAACUGCAUCUGUUGGAGGAGUAGCAUACGAGUCUCACCAUCAGAAGCAACAGGAGCAGGAGCAGCAGCAACAUGCAGCGACAUUAGGGGGGAGUACACGGAAAGAUGAGCAGCGUCAUAGUGAACAUCAGGAGACCCUUGCAACUACUAAUGCUAAUAAUAAUACAGGUACUAGGAACAAGCAAGGUAGGGGUGCUGCAAGUAGUGGUUGCAGAAGGUCUCGAUUUUCUCAGACCCAGAAAGAAAAAUUGAUCAGACUUGGGUUUUCUAUAGGAUGGCGUAUGCCAACGAAAUCAUCACCUGUAGAACAUGAAGAAGAGAUAAGAAAGCUGUGUGAUGAAUUUGGAAUCACCAGGUUUGUGUUCAAAACUUGGAUGAAUAACCAGAAAAAAUACCAUGUUCAGUCCAGCGCUACUUCAACUCCUGUCACUGAUCCUUCACUUCCUCCUCCUGGCUUCUCCUAA